GAGUCGGUCGCACACGGACGCACACACACUUUAACUCAGUCACAGUCACAGUGUGGAGUAUCAGCGCUCGGAGCAGGACGGACAGAGAGGGAGACUGCACCUGUCCCACACACACGCACACUCACAGAGGAUCUGACCGGUCGUCCUUAUGUGUGGAUGGGACCAAAGUUACACGGCGACCUCUCAUAGCUCGGCCAUGUUGACCAGUGAGGGGGCGCACACCAUGGAGCAGGACGACUCGCACCACGGACCCAAGAUGGCCUCUGCCGCCAGCUCCAGCUCAGACGGAGCCGAGACGAUGACAGACACAGACGUUGACAUGGAGAUGGAGAUGGAAGAGGCAGACAUGACUCGAUGGACGGAGACAGAGUUUGAGGAGAAGUGCACAUACAUUGUCAAGGACACGGCGUGGGAGGCAGGGACGGACAGUGACGCCACGGUGACGACAACCAGAGCCGAGGCAUCGCUGCCCCGAAACCUGGCCUUCAAACACCCAGCUGACAGCAAGGAGGUGGUCGGCGUGUACAGCAGGGAGUACAUCCCCAAAGGAACUCGCUUCGGCCCUCUGGUCGGGGAAAUCUACACAGCUGACAGCGUCCCCAGAGACGCCAACCGGAAGUACUUCUGGAGGAUCUACGUGGACGGGGAGUUCCAUCACUUCGUUGACGGCCUGGACGAGACUCGCUCUAACUGGAUGCGGUACGUGAACCCAGCUCACUCGGCGGCGGAGCAGAAUCUGGCGGCGUGUCAGAACGGCAUGGAGAUUUAUUUCUACACCGUGAAGCCCGUUCCUGCCGGUGCUGAGCUGCUCGUCUGGUACUGCCACGACUUCGCCCGACGCCUCCACUACCCACCAUCAGGAGAGCUGAUGAUGCAGAAACUCAAGCAGUCUCUCUUAGAGGUGAAGCAGCAGCAGGUGAGCAGUGAGGAGCAUUCGGUCGAAGCCUCCAGCCUGUCCCCCGUCGCAGUGACCCCCACCCCACCCAAGAGGGAGCACAGCGUCCUCUCCAUUCUGCGUGGCACCAACAGCACCUCAUCCUCCUCGUCCAUCAAGAGGGAGCCCAGCAGGCCGCUCCCCACCCGCCCGCGCUGUGCCGACAGCCCCGAGCAACCCCUGUACCCUCGUGCCCUCUACCCGACUUUCAGGCCUCACCCACCCAUCCCCGAAGACUUCCUUACCCACAAACCCGCCCAGCUCGGUUACUCUGGAACCCGUUCCCCUGGCAACCAAUCCUCAGCUACACCCAGCCCUUCAGCGAGGAGCAGCCCAGACAGCAGCCCUCAAGGAAGCCCUUCGGGUCCGGUGCCAUCCCCAGCUUCUUUCUACCCCACUGGACUGGGCUCCUACUGUAGUUACUCCCCGCCAUCUGCCCCCCUCUCCUCACCGUUUUACCCACCAGGAACCCCCUACUCACGCUACCUCCUGCCCCAUCACUACCCUCUGCCUGGCGGUGGUGGUGGGAUCUUUCCCAGGAUGUACCCCCUCUACAGCAGUCUUCUUCCCACUCACGUGCCCCUCCUGCCCUCCGACACAGCAGGGAGGCGUUUCCUGAUGCCUGACCCCGUCCACCCCUCCUCCAUUUCUGCCCACAGAGACCUCCUCCUUCCUGGGCCCACCAGUGCCUUCUCAGCCGCCACUUCUCUGAAGGACAAAGCAGGGCCUCAUCACCCUUACCCCGGGCACCCUCACCUACCAGCCCACACCCCCUCCAGCGGCUCCCCAACAGCAGGCACAGCACCUCCCAGCGAGCGGAUGCCUACCAAGCCUACCUCAGCCCUGCUUGGCAAUGCCAGUGAGCAUCGCCCCGAUGAGGAGGCCAUCAACUUGACCAAAGUGAAGCGAGGCGCAGGCUCAGCGGGUUACAAGGCGCUGCCAUACCCGCUGAAGAAGCAGAACGGAAAAAUCAAGUAUGAGUGCAACGUGUGCAGCAAGACCUUCGGGCAGCUGUCAAACCUGAAGGUUCAUCUCCGUGUCCACAGUGGUGAGAGACCCUUCAAAUGUCAGACCUGUAACAAAGGCUUCACCCAGCUGGCUCACCUGCAGAAACACUUCCUGGUCCACACUGGGGAGAAGCCACAUGAAUGCCAGGUUUGUCACAAGCGCUUCAGCAGCACCAGCAACCUGAAAACUCACCUUCGCCUCCACUCAGGGGAGAAGCCCUACCACUGCAAACUCUGCCCAGCCAAGUUCACCCAGUUUGUCCACCUCAAGCUGCACAAGCGCCUGCACUCCCGUGAGCGUCCACACAAAUGCCCUCACUGCCACCGCCACUAUAUCCACCUGUGCAGCCUGCGACUUCACCUGAAGGGCUACUGCCUGGCAGCCAGCUCUGGCUCUGGCAGUCCAGCCGUCUCUAGCCAGGCUGCCUUGGAGGAGGUGCACCGGGCCAACGAGGAGAUUGAGCGCUUUGACAUCAGUGAGCAUGCUGACCGGCUGGAGCAGCUGCAGGGAGGAGUGGAGGUGGAGGCCAUGUUGGAGAAGCAGGUACUGGGGAUGCUGUGGAGGGAGACUGCAGGUUAUGGUGCAUACGAGUCCCCGAAAGAGACGUCGGUCAUCAAGAUGCGGCACAGCACCCCCAUCCUGCCACUUCCUGCCAACGUCACCGUCAAGCAGGAGUCAGAGGACCAGGCUUAAAUGACUUCUGAAGCCAAGGGACAUGGAGUCAAGACUGCAUGACUCGCAGAGGACUGGGUUGCCAGGAGCAACAGCUGUAAAUAAAUAAUUUUCAGCCUGGUUGUCAUCAAGAGUGAGAUCAUGACCACGCCAGGUUUUCAACCUAUCAGGGACUCACGUACUCAGGGCUACAAGAGACACUGUCCCACGACUACUUAGCAGUUUCAGCGUAUUCUUAGAGACAAUCAACUAUCCAGGACUUACCUUUGAUGUAAUUAAUAUAAUGCUAUUAUUGUCAUUGUUGUUGUAUUAUUUGGUCUCGAUUUUCAAUUUUAUUUUUUUUUUUUUUUUGAUCAAUUAGUUGUUAUAUAACCUCCUUAAUUUAUUAUACUUUUUAUUUGUUGUCUUUAAAAGCAAUAAGUGGAAUUCAUGGUUACACUGACAGGGUGAAAUCAAUGUAAAAGACUUUGUUCCUGUUGAUUUUGUUUUUCUCUGUGGCCAUUUCUCUGUAGAUAGUCACUCCUUCUUUGCCUAUAUCUGUCCCGCAACCUCUGACGUAUAGAAACAGGGGUGUCCACUCUUCAGGGUUUUAUCUAUUUAAAUUUAGGAACCAUUAUAGCAGGUUAAAAAGGGUUGAAAAACUUGCCAAAGUACGGCACAUAAAUUUGUUAAUUUAGCAAGAAGAGCUUUAUCGCAGCCCUGCUUGAUACCUUCCCUAAAGUAUGUCUGUGUCAUUUUCUGAUGCCUACUUAAUUUAAAUGAAACGAAAAAGGGCAUUUUUUUGUAUGUUUUUCACAACGGUUACCUCAGUGUGCAUGUGACAAUAUGAGUGUGUGUGUGUUUUAAGGGACAGCUGAAAGUGGGAGCUUUCUAUUUAUUUGCUUUUUGCUACUUGAAGAAGAAGAAACCAAAUUGAAGUGCAGCUCUUCAUGUGGUCCAAAGGAGCGGCACAGCCCGCUCAACAUGUAGCACAUAACGGACUCGGGAGGCUGGUGAGCCGUCCCCUCCUCGUCCCUUCUUUUGUUUCAUUUUUGUUUUUUUACGACACUGUUAACACCCAACAGGGAAGUGGACAUCCUUAGAUUUUGGGAUUCCCUCUUGACGCUAGGAACCAAAGUUCACAUGACUUUAAUUUCCAAUGCACACAAACACACAAAAAAAAAAAGACAAAAAAGGAAAAUCAAAACAAGGGAAGGAAAGACUUGA